CUUUAAUAAAUUUCGUCACAAGAAGUGAUCUGGCCUGCUGGUCAAACAACAAACGGGAGACGCAGCAUCGGCCAUGUCGUAUGCACCAAGCCGUGCCAAGAAGAAGGCGCCCAAGUCCUCGGGCUUCUUCUCCAAAAGUGCCUUUGGCUCGGAUGAUGAGAGCGACUUUGUGCCAUCAAGAGCACAGAAGAAGAAGAAAGGAAAGAAGAAGGCUGCUCCCUCAAAGGCACGAAGCCCUUCGCCUAUUUCAAAGGCUGACUUUGACCUUGGCGGAGCAAAGAAAUCUGCUGGGCCACCUCCCCCGCCGCCGGGCCCGCCACCUCCACCAGCACCGCCGCCACCAGGCAAAAAGAAACCAGCUGGCGCACCUCCCCCGCCAGCGCCCCCGCCACCAGGCAAACAGAAAACUUCGGCCCCGCCUCCCCCACCGCCCGGCCCACCACCACCUCCUGACGCAUCCCCACUGGGGAAAUCAAAGAAAACCGCUGCGCCACCGCGAAAGAAAGCGCCGGCCAAAGACAAUGUGCCUCCUCCACCGCCACCACCACCACCUGCUUCCCACACGGCUGAAGACAAGUCAGCCAAGCUGAUGAAGCGCGUCAACGCCGCCAUUGCUGCGGGCGCCAGCGACCUGUUCGGGCGCGGCAAGCUCAUGCUUGUUGGGCAGGGCCGCGCUGGCAAGACGACAACGCUGCGCUCUCUGCUUGCCAAGCCGUUUGAAAAGGACCAGCAGUCCACGGUCGGCGCAGCGACGAGCGACAUGGCCGUCACCGUCGACACCCAGGACGUUCGCUCCUGGCAGGAGACGAAAGGCGAAGAGUCGGAGAUGGCGCGUGCGCUGCGCUCUGGCGCCAUGGUCGACGAUGACGACAGCAGCGGCGACGGCGCAGGCAAGCACGCCUUCCGCUCCCCGACGGAGGAGAAGAAGAAGCGCAAGAAGGCGAUGAAGGAGCAGCACAACGGCCGCCAGAGCGAGGCCGUGCUAGCGGAUGAGGGCGACGACGACGCCGACGACGCCACUGCCAACGGUGAUGACGGCGCAGAUACAUCUGCCGCCGCCUCUGAGCUGGAGAAGGCCGUGACCGACCUGAACCUGGAGGCAAACAUUGGCACCAUCGAGGACGAUGGCUUCCGCGUCACGUUCAAGAUCUUCGACCUGGGCGGCCAGCCCACCUUCUACAUCUUCCAUCCGUUCUUCCUCACCAAGUAUGCGGUGUACGUCGUCGUGUUCUCGAUGGCGGACGUCAUGAGCAAGGACGAGAUGGUGAGCGCGGAGACGUGGGAGUUUAUCGACCACUGGCUCGGCUCCAUCUUCCUCUACGCGCGCGGGGCGCCCGUGUUCAUGGUGGGCACCUUUGGCGACGAGGUCAAUCAGCGCAAGCAGCACGAGCGCAUCUCCCAGCAGAUCUUCGAGCGCUUCAGUGCCCACGCCGCCUUCCCGCAGCUCGUGUACAACAAGACGGCCAACAUGUGGUUCUGGCCCGUGGACAACACCCAGUCCAUCAAGGACCCGAUGAUUGCCAACCUGCAGCGCUGCAUCUCGGACGAGGCCGGCAAGCAGGAGCACGUGCGCAUGCGGGUCCCCCUGCCGUUUCUGGCGCUGUAUGACAAGCUCAUGUCGCUGCACAAGGAGGAAGACCGCCCCGUCGUGCGCCUGCCGGAGAUUGAGGCGCUUGCCCACAAGUUUGGGCUGGAUCACCAGGCCACCAUCGACUGCCUGCGCUUCUGGCACGAGUACUCCAUGCUGCUGUACUUUGACACCGUGCCCGGCAUGGAGGAGGUGGUGAUCCUCAGCCCGCAAUGGGCGGUCGACGUCAUGUGCAAGGUCAUCCGGAACUUUGACCUGCACACGGUGCUGCAGGACCGCGAGGCGCGCCACUUCAACCGCCAGUGGCAGGAGCUCACCCGCCGCGGCAUCCUGCACCGUGAAAUGCUUGAUCUGCUCUGGAGCGACAUGGCCAAGGACCUCGUCGACCCGUUCCUCGACCUCAUGAUGCGCUUUGGCCUCUGCGUGACGUACCGCGAGCCCACGCGCAACCAGGGCAUGACGGCUGGCCUGUCUCUCGACGACGGCACCAUCACCCACGCCGAAAUGGCGGGCGCGCUCUCCUCCUCGCAGAAGCAGCAGCUGCUGCAGCAAGGCGGUGGUGGCGGCGAUGACGGCGACGCCGUGGAUGCUGCGGCCAGGGCGUACCUGGUGCCGGCCAUUCUGCCGCUCACGCUGGACGGCAGCAAGUUGCCAUCCACGACGCUGAGCAGCUUUGCCGGUGGCCAGCUCAACCGCUACGACUACCACGACAGGACCGCCGUGUACAUAUCUUUCUUCCUGGACGACUUUGCCAGCACGGACCCCGUUGUGCUGGUGAAUGACCUUGUGCGCACGAGCUUCCUGCCGGAGGGCCUCUUCUCGCGCGUCGUCGCCCACCUGAUUGGCAGCUCCCAGUUCACCAUGGUGACCAAGCCGCGCCUGAGCCGCACGCAGGCGGACGUGUACUUCCACGACUGCAAGGUGCAGCUGCGCCUUGUGCCCGAGGUUGGCGGCGUGAAGGUGCUCAUUGAGGCCGCACAGCCACGCCCGCUGCUGCGCAUGGUGCAGGACACCAUCAUCCACAGUGUGCAGAAGCACUACGAAGAGCUGCGCGUGUACACGCUGCUGCCGUUUUCCCCCAAGGCACUGCUGUUCCUCGACGACGUCAUUGAACACCACCGCCAGCGCCACUCCAUGUGGGUUGAAGGCGCCCAGAUCAAGCCAGCAGAGCUUGAGGAGCGCUACGGCACCUGGCUCCCCACCACGGGCCUGCGUACCUUCUACGACAGCUUCCUCAGCUACAGGCAAGGCGCCAACAGCAGCUUUGUUGUGAACCUGCAUGUUGUUCUGGAGGAGAACCAGCUCAUCUCGUUCCUGGACGCGAACAACCUGGAGACGGGCGUCAACUUCAAGAUGGCGUUUAUGGAGGCCAUCAGCCGCAGCCUUGUGGCGUGCCCCGUCGUCUCUGCGGGCGCUGUCGAACGCAUGUUCCAGAUCCGCCACGGCGACUACUGCGACAACGUGCUGCUGGAGUGGAUGACCAUGCUUGCUUUGCUGGAUUACGUCAUGGAGUGCGAGCAUGCUGGCCAGGACGUCGUGGCUGACAGCGCCACCAACGGCGACCACGCCACCGCCACGCCCGUGUUCCUGCGCCGCAUUGCCCCGCUCGUUGUCAGCAAGGCCUGGCACAACUCGGAGCUCUCGUCAAACAAGGUCUUCACAGACACGUUUGCCGACCUGCGCACGCUGUGCAACAGCCUGCCGGAUGUGGUGAGCGAGCAGACGACGCGCCCACUGGAGGCGUUCUUCAAGGACCGCCUGCACCUGCGAGCUCCCAAGCGCCGCACGGUUCGCCAGGCAGUGCAGGAGCUGCUGGACAUGGACGCCAUCUUCUGCUGGGAGAGCGCAGACGCCACAGACAGCCGCGCGCACCAGGCUGUCGGCGUGGCCGUCACCACGGAAGCGCACAAGGUGCACCGUCUUCGCGGGUACGCCAACGAGGUGCGCCAGGUUGUGCUGCGCGCCAAGCAGCUGGCAGACGACGAUGAGGCGCUCAAGCUUGCCAUGCAGGCUGGCAUGGAGCGGUCCGGCGCCCACCUCCUCUCGUCCUCCGCUGCACGCCAUGCCACGAUGAGCGCAUCCCACGACUCCUCCAAGCCGACGCCACCGAAGGACGAGCCCGCGCCGGCCCCGCCAGCAGCAGUGGCGGCCUCCACCCUUACUGCACGCGCCAUGUCAGACAGGCCUGUUGAGCAGUGGAGCGAGGACGACGUUGUGGCAUGGCUUGCGCAGGAGAAGUUUGACGCAAUGGUGCCUGCGUUUCAGCGCGAGCACGUUGACGGCACUCUGCUCAUGGCCCUUUCCGAUGACAUGCUCGCCAACGAAAUGGGUGUCGCCAAUCGCGUGCAGCGGAUUCGCUUUGAACAGCGCCGUGCCCUGCUGAUGGGUACCACGACCCCCUCCGGCACCACUCCCUCGGCUUCGGCUGCGUCCUCCCGCCCUGCCAGUGCCCGUUCCCGCAGACGCAAGCCCCGUGUCUGCGUCAUUGCUUGAAAAGGCCAGCGCACUCGCGCAAUGUGACAGCUUCACGCGUGACGUGUCGUGCCAAACCCCCUCUUGCUGAUGUCGGGCGCUUUUCAUCGUUCCUCCUUGUAUGUUUGCUUGCAUGAUGGCUGUUUGUUUCGUUGUGGCGCUCGCGUCUUGCUGUCAUGCAGCUGAACAAUCCACUUUCCAGCACUUGCUUUGUUGCCUGUUUGCUUCGUUCUGACAUGCUUUCGUGUUCUUGCUUCCUUCUUUCGUUCCUCCCUUUGCUGCUUGAUCCUUGCUUGCGUUCUCAUGCGUGAUUGUGCCCCCCCCCCUAGCUAGCCUGCUCUUUCGUGCCUCUCAACAUCUCUCGCACGCACACGUUCAUGCACAUGCACACAUGCCCUGACAAAACCCCCCAACAGAAACAUAGCCAAUCAGAAAAAAAUCCCAAACCCCAACCCCAAAGCCGCGCACACUGUCCCAC